AUGUCCAAACUUAGACCCAAACCGAGACCUAGCACUACUUCUAGUGAAGCGCAAAAAUUGUUUUCUGCUUAUUUACAGCAAGUUAACGAAAAUGACUUGUCUAUAACAAGCUUUAUAAGGUUUUGCUCGCAAAAAAAAAGUAUAACCUUCAAAGACCAAGAUCCUUUACUAGAUGUGUAUUUACGAUCAUUUGAAUUUUUAAACAAACCCACACAUUGUAAACUAUCAGUGGAGUUGCAAAAAAAUGAGAACCUGGCAAGUAUGAACAAUAUUGUAAGAACUUAUUGUUCUGGUGCCUGGAUUUGUCAGCUUAUGGUUCUGGCGCUUGAAUUUAUGAGAAUCUGGCAGAAAGACAUUGUAGAAGUUGAAUAUCUUGAGCAAUGGUUAAAUAUUUUGAAAGAUAAGGCUAAUAACAAAGAAAAUGAACUUUGUGAAUUGAAAAUGUAUAGCUUGCAUGAUACACCCCAAUCUAGUAUGCCUCAAAAGCCUGGCUAA